AUGUGCGUAGAUCGAUACUACCGUUGUACAUGUUCUAGGAGCCGCGGGACCCACGUUUUUAACUCUCUAAAGUUUACUUUUGCAUGCGCUUCAGGUGCCAUUCCCCUUGAGCUGGGGAACCUUGGUGCCCUGGAAACGCUCGACCUGGGACCACUCCCCCGUGACAAUACCCCCCCCCCGGUGCUUGCCAUCGGGGUUGGGUUUUCGUCGCUUGGCAACGACGUUGUAAAACAAGCUUUUGACCAAGUGUUUAAGAAGGACGUGGACGCAUGGGCCCAGAAAGAACAAGAGACAUCGAACGUUGGGAACGUAGAACUAGAAAAGAAGUUCACUGAGGACGAGGUUGAGGCGUGUGUGAACAAGCUGAAGUGCUACAAAGCAGCAGGAGCGGAUGGGAUAGCCAACGAGUUCAUGAAGUUUGGGGGGAAGGGGAUGAUCCAGCUGAUGGUACUGCUGUACAAUUGGGUGUGGAAAAACGAGUAUACGCCAAGUAGAUGGAGGGAAGGAGUGGUUGUGAACUUGUUCAAGAAAGGAGACAAGACUGACCCAGGAAACUACAGGGGGAUCACACUGUUGAACACAGUAGGAAAAGUGUUCUGUAAGCUGCUGAACGAUAGGAUAGUGGGAGUAUUGGAGAAGGAACAUAGCAUUAGUGAGGGCCAGGCAGGUUUCCGAAAGAAGAGGGGGUGCGUAGACCACGUGUUCACGGUAGGGAGAAUCAUCCAAGGUAGAAAGAGGGCGGGAAAGCCGACGUACUGCUUCUUCCUGGACGUGAAAAAGGCAUACGAUACCGUAUGGAG